AUGGGCCCCAAGAAGGGCGAGACCGGUCGUGGACUGUCGAGGCUUGAGCAACCUGGCAGCAUCCCAGCCCGCGUGCCUCCUUCGUGUGGCAUGACAGCUAGGCACCGAAAGGGUGUUACAGCUGAACGAUCGUUAUUAGUAUUAUCUGUGGAGUGUUUUUUGCAGACGAGGUUUACCUUGGGACAAAAUUUGGCUGUGGGUCAGAUAGAUAUAAACCAUUGCUGCUCCGCGCUUAUUGACCACUUAUGA